GGAUCGGCCGAAGACGGCCUUUGUGCUAUUCGAAGGCGCCUGGCAGUGGGUCCGUUGUCCAAUGGGAAUUUGUAAUGCACCUGCCACUUUCCAGAGAGCGAUGAACGUCACGUUUCAUAAUUUCGUCAAGAAGACCAAGCUGACUCAAGGUAUAAUCAACUUUUGCGUCAUCGUGUACAUGGAUGACAUCUUGGUCUAUUCGGAAUCAUUCCACGGGCAUGCACAACAUAUCGAGUGGACGCUCGGGGCGCUGCAGGAUGCUGGCUUCAAGAUCGCGCUGGAGAAGAAACUCGGCUUCUAUUUAGAGGACGUGGUGUUUCACUGGGCGGAGCCAGCCCCAGAAGCUAAAGGGGGUGAGGUCCAAGACGACGAGGUAGAACUGUUGAUCGUGCAGGCUUGGCGGACGGAUACGGAGGGGGAAUUGUUGGGGAUAUUAUUCGGCAAGGUGGAAAAAGGCCACCUCGGCGCAAUCACGAACGAGUUGCUGGUGUUUUUAGCGCAAUUGGUGGACGAUUUACCCCUCGAGAUCCCGUCGAGGUGUGACGAGAAGCCGGGGCCAAACGUGCUCACUCGCACGCAUGCGCCGCAUCUGCUGUGGUCCACGUGUACUGAGUUGGACGGGGAUAACUGCCUUUACACGUCCCUGAGCCUCUAUCUCGAAAUCGGCGUUACCGAUCUCACACUGUGGGACCCUUUUGUCCGGCGAGGAAACGCACUUGGAGCCAGUGACGAGGAGGAAGAAGAAGAGGAGGAGGCAGAGGAAGAAGAAUCGGACACUGAUCAGGACGACCCUGAUUACAUCGGGUCAGGGGAAGAAGAAGAUGUGACGGGAGAGGAAAGUGGAUCGGGAGAGUCGAGUGGUCGUCCUAGGCAAAGCGAAGAGGAGGAAGAGGCCGAAGCUCAGUAAAUGAGGGAGAAAGCAGAGGGCAAGCGGCCAGUCGGAGAACUCGGAAGGCCUCCACCACAGCUGCUGCUAGGCGAUCCAUCGCUAAAUCCGGAGCCGC